AUGUAUAAAUUACCCGACCUCCUCACCUUCUUUGCGUACUUUCGUUUUGCCUCUCACGAGAAUCACCUGAUCGUCUCUAUUUUCUUCUUCAAGAUUGAAAUCAAGAUGAUUGUGAAAGGUCUCAGACCGACUCAAGAUCGAGUCUCCGAGCAUGAUCUGAUCAAGAAGCUGGAGGAAGAUCUGUCUUAUUCUCCCAAGACAGUCAUUGAUUCUUGUGAAUUCGGAGAAUAUAAGGGGGUGAAGAUGUGGACGGAGGCUGAGGCGGAUAUGGAGAGCGGAGGAUUAUCUGAGGAGGUUGAGUCACCGAAAUCAGUGGCGAUGAGGGGGAGGAGAGGGAAGGUGCAUAGUCAGGUGUUGAAAAUCAGAGAGGAGGAAUUGCAUCUUGGAGAGGAUAUCGGAGAGGGACUCUAUGGGAAGGAUGGGAUUGGUGCUGUAAUUCGAGAUUGCAUCGAUUAUAACCAUCAUUAUAAUCGAUCAGUGAGGAGGCCGGCGUUGGAUGUUGUGAGUUUGUCAAGGCCGAUCUUGCCUAGCUCGCCUCUCAGCGGCAAGACUCCCGUUAGGGCCUUGCACUGAAAAUUAUCUCCACCGAGGUCACAGGUGGCUACCAUCAGCUGAAGUUAGGAACGAGUAGAGUUUUACAGCCUUGGCUUUUUUUUAAGUUUCUUCCUUAGAAGUUCAGGAAUUAGGACCAUGAGAGAGCGGGUUUUUUUGCAAAACUCUUCUUCUCUGUACAGUCUCAGCUAAUUUGUAGACACUUUAUAAUCCAUCGAAUCUAGCUUUGGAAUUCUCACCAAUACCAUCGAUGAUUAUAAUUGUUCCUUUUUGCUUGAAAAUAGUGUUUGUUAUGGUA